AUGGAUCAUAUGUCUUCGGCAUCUCACGGGGUGAUUUGUCUUGGCACACAUCCUACGGUUAUUGAAGAGCACACCUUGACCGCUGAUAUAUCUAUUGCUAGCGUGGAACAGACAUCAAAGAAUUUUGUCCUUUCACCAGAACCUCGCCCUGUGUUAUUAUUCCGGUGUGCUAAAAUUCUAGAGACAAAGGGAGCGAACGAGGAAGAAGGCAUUUACAGGCUCGGUUGUAGUUUAGUUCACAUCAGGGUAUUCAAAGAGCGCUUCAAUACACAAGGAGAUUACAAUUUAAUCAAAUCUUCCAAGACUGACUUCCAUGAUGUACAUGCUGUAGCAGGAUCAUUGAAACAUUUCUUGAGAAAUUUGGAUUCUCUGAUUCAUACUAGGGUCCCCUUGAUCAUGAAUUCACCAAAGUUAUUGAUGACAAAGUCAUGUAAUGUAGGAAUCAUCUUUAGGCCUACUUUGGGCAUGCCUGCACCGCUGUUUGCAUUACUCUUAUAG